UGGUGACGUCACCGCAGCCGUGUGCGGACCGAUUGGCGCGUGCGGAGCGUCUUUCUGCAGCAAAGACUGAGGUCAGAGAGAUAGACAGAUAGAGGGACAGACAGCUCUGAGAGCGACACAUUAUCUGAAGGGUUUGAUAUGACUCCACCCAUCGCAUCGGCAGCCGUGACCCCACCGGAUGGAGGGUGGGGUUGGGCUGUGGUGGGCGGGGCCUUCAUCUCUAUUGGAUUCUCCUACGCCUUUCCAAAAGCCACCACUGUGUUUUUUACAGACAUUCAGCGAGUCUUUGAUGCGUCCUACAGUCAGGUGGCCUGGAUCUCAUCCAUCAUGUUAGCCGUCAUGUACGCUGGAGGUCCCAUAAGCAGUAUUCUGGUGAACACAUACGGCUGUCGUCCCAUCAUGAUGUUAGGUGGUUUACUGUGUGCCAUCGGUAUGAUCGGUGCCUCCUUCUGUAAUAAUGUCCUUCAACUGUACAUCUGUAUAGGAGUGAUUGGAGGGUUCGGCCUCGCGUUUAACCUGCAGCCCGCGUUAACAAUGAUCGGAAGAUACUUCUAUAAGAAACGUCCCAUCGCCAACGGUUUCGCCAUGGCGGGAAGCCCCGUGUUUCUCAGCACCCUCGCACCGCUCAACCAGUACCUCAUCAACGAGUACGGAUGGCGGGGCAGUUUUCUCAUUCUUGGAGGACUUUUGCUGAACUGUUGUGUAGCUGGAUCUCUCAUGAGACCGCUGCAAGCCCCUCCAAACCAGGCCAAAAAGAUUGAGGAGAAACCCUCAGCUGAGGUGACAUCUAAGACUGAGACGGCCACAGCCUGGCAGAAGGUCAACAAAUAUCUGGACCUGUCGCUCUUUAAGCACCGCGGCUUUCUCAUUUACCUGUCGGGGAAUGUCAUCAUGUUUGUGGGCUUUUUCGCACCCAUCGUUUUCCUCUCCUCCUACGCCAAAGAUAGCGGUGUGGACGAGUACCGAGCGGCAUUUCUGCUGUCUAUCCUGGCCUUCGUGGACAUGUUCGCCCGGCCGACGAUGGGUCUGGUGGCAAACUCGCGUUUGAUCCGUCCUAGGAUCCAGUACUUCUUCAGUUUCGCCGUGCUGUAUAACGGCGUGUGUCACCUACUGUGUCCUCUGGCCGAAAGUUACACCGGGCUGGUGGUGUACGCCGUGUUCUUCGGUUUGGCGUUUGGCAUGGUCAGCGCGGUGCUGUUCGAGACACUGAUGGAUCUGGUCGGAGCUGAAAGGUUUUCCAGCGCCGUGGGUCUCACAACUAUUGUGGAGUGUUGUCCGGUUCUCAUCGGCCCACCUCUGGCAGGGAAGUUAGUGGACAUCACCAAAAACUACAAGUACAUGUAUUUGUGUUGUGGAUCUGUGGUUAUAUUGGCCAGCAUCUGGCUCUUCAUCGGCAACUUCAUCAACUACCGCCUGCUGGAGCGCGAACGCAAGCAGAACGAGACGCACAACCGGACUGAGAACGAGAAGCAAGAGCAGACGCAUGCGCAGACGGAUGCAGACGCUGAAGCUUCACAGCAGCUCUGUCAGGAUGAAGACGGUGUUGUGCAGCGAGAAACAAACAUUUAAACUCUCACAGUUUUAUUGGGGAGACACUGCCAAAAUACAUCAAUCGUGUUAGAAAGACAGACGCGCCGGUGUGUCUACAGAUUAUAAUCUUAUUAGAUUAGCAUGUGUCAAUAACAACACAUUCUCGUGCUUUUAAUCAUACGUCAUAUUUAUAUCAGUAAAUGUCAGUGUUUUAAAACUGUGUGUGUGUGUGUUUGCUCGUGUUUAUUCAAACACAUUAUUUCUUCAGCCCUGCUGCUGCUGUUAUACUGAAUCAGACGAUCUGAUCUGAUCUGAUUGAAUGUAAAUCAUUCCUGAUGUUUUAGGGCCUUAUAUGAAUCUGUUCCUGAUCCAAAUCACUUCUGAGGAUAAUGCUGGUUGUUAUUAUUAAAUACUACACACAUCAAGCAAUAUCAUUGCAAAUCAACUGUCCUCAGGGGAAAUAUUCAUGUUUUUAGGGGUUGUUUUUUGUCCUACAGGGUAUGUUGUAGUAAUACAGCUGUAGAAAUGCUUAUAAUCUACUGUAAACAUACAUUGAUUUAGUUCAUUAUAUUUUUAAAGGAGUGAGAUUAUAAACACUCUUUUUGACUGAUAAAAUAUUGCCUUAAAUAUAAAUGAUCUAAUCUAAUACUCUAACAGUCUUAAUAAAACACAUGUACUAAUGUAGAUGUACUAAUAAAUCAACUAUACGUUUAACACUCUUUAUGAUGUAUAAAUCAUGCAAUGCAUAAGUAUUACUUUUUUACUAGUAUGUUUUGUUAAGCAGCUUGUUUAGGAGUGAAACAAAAUCUUUAGCCGUUAUAUUUUCAUGAGCACCAAAGUUUAUUAUCUUUAAUAAAUAUGCUGCACUGAUGAUA